UGCACGGUCGUGGCGCACAGCUCCGCUCUCGCCUGCUCCCCAGUCUGCCUCGAGCUCCGGGUGGUGGUGGUGGCCUGGCCCUGGCGGAGGGGCCCCAGCUCUGGCUGUCUACGAGGCUGAGGCUCCUGGCAGCGGGGGCCCCCUUUUCUCCCCUCUUCCCUCCCUGGAGAAAGUGGGUGACCACCUCAGGAGCUCUUUGAUCUGAGCUGGGCAGCGCCCCUGGGGACUGAACGAGCUUCGCAGGACAAAAUAAAAGAACAAAAUGAAAUAUAUACUAUUUUGGGUGAUACUUUUCACCCCUGCAUGGAUCCGCAUUGAUGGCUCUGAAAUGGAACAAGAUGUUAUGUGGCACUUGAGAAAAAUACCCCGGAUUGUCAGUGAAAGGACUUUCCAUCUCACCAGCCCCACCUUUGAGGCAGAUGCUAAGAUGGUGUUAAACAGAGUGUGUGGCAUCGAAUGCCAGAAAGAACUCCCAGCUCCCAGCCUUUCUGAACUAGAGGAUUCUCUUUCAUAUGAGACUGUCUUUGAGAACGGCACUCGAACCCUGACCAGAGUGAAAGUUCAAGAUUUGGUCCUUGAGCCAACUCAAAAUUUCACAAAAGAAGCAUUUGUUAGGAGAAAGAGACAGGUGUAUGGCACAGACAGCAGGUUCAGCAUCUUGGACAAAAGAUUCUUAACCAAUUUCCCUUUCAGUACAGCUGUGAAGCUCUCCACAGGCUGUAGUGGCAUUCUGAUUUCCCCUCUUCAUGUUCUAACAGCUGCCCACUGUGUUCAUGAUGGAAAGGACUAUAUCAAAGGGAGUAAAAAGCUAAGGGUAGGAUUGUUGAAGAUGAGAAAUAAAGGUGGUGGCAAGAAACAUAGAGGUUCUAAGAGGAGCAGUAGAGAAGCUAAUGGUGACAACCAAAGAACAGACACCAAAGAGAAUCUGAAAGAGAGAGCCCAGGGUGGAAGGAGAAGAAAAGAACCUGGUCGGGGUCAGAGAGUCACCGAGGGUAGGCCCUCCUUCCAGUGGACUCGGGUCAAGAACACCCACAUUCCAAAAGGCUGGGCAAGAGGAGGGAGGGGAGAUGCUGCCUUGGACUAUGACUAUGCCCUUCUGGAGCUGAAACGUGCUCACAAAAAGAAAUACAUGGAACUAGGAACCAGUCCAACCAUCAAGAAGAUGCCAGGUGGAAUGAUCCACUUCUCAGGAUUUGAUAAUGACAGGCCUGAUCAGUUAGUCUAUCGGUUUUGUAGCGUGUCUGAUGAAUCCAAUGAUCUCCUCUACCAAUACUGUGAUGCAGAGACCGGCUCCACUGGCUCUGGGGUCUAUCUGCGUCUGAAAGAGCCAGACAAAAAGAACUGGAAGCGCAAGAUCAUUGCAGUCUAUUCAGGCCACCAGUGGGUGGAUGUCCACGGUGUUCAGAAGGACUACAACGUGGCUGUACGCAUCACACCCCUCAAGUAUGCUCAGAUUUGCCUUUGGAUUCAUGGGAAUGAUGCCAAUUGUACGUACGGCUAACAAAAACCUGAAAGAAGGCCAUGUAUUAUCAAAAUUGCAUAGAAAACCAGUUCCGAUUACUACAGCAAGAUCAGCUCCUCUGAUCUUAGGAGGUUAGGCCCAGACUUGAACCCUAUCAAUAGCAUUUCAACAUUUUUACAAAUCUAUUUUUUUUUAUUCUUUCAAAAUUAGUAGAUUUUCAUACAUUUAAAAAUUUUUUAGGUAACAUAUUGAAACAAAGUGGGCACUUCAGUGCCAAGUAUAUACUUUUGUUUACAUGGUGGUAAGUUUCCUUUGUGGGAAAACUUUUGUUUCCUUCUGCCUUUUUAACAUUUAGACAUCCUUUAACACUGCAAACUGGUACUAUAACCAAUACGUGAUUUCUCAAUGGACUUAUUCAGGGUCCUACUCUAAGAAGAUUCUAAUAGCAUGCAGGCUGCGUACUAAAUGUGAUAUGGCACACACAGACGCAGGCAGUAACAAGAUUAGCAUCAGGUCAGAGAGAAUAACCUACAGCACGUUUCCUCUGAGACGGAACCAGGAUUUAUAUUGUGUUUUCUGUCAGGCCUGAGGAGCUUUAUUAUUACUGUUAUUUUUUUUUUUUUUUGAAGAAUUACAAAUCAGAAGGAAUGGCAAACUGUAUAAAUUAAACUAUUUCACUGCUUUAAAAAAAAUCAGUUGAAGUGUGCACUAUUUAAAAAUGGUUAGGAAUAUUUUGUUCUAUGAGAUAAACCUAGUUUGAAAAAAGGGAAGCUUACCAUUUGAAGAUCUCAAGUUUUUAUUUAACUAAUAUUUAAAACUAGGACUUUUCAUGAAUGCAUAAUGAAGACAGUUCAAAAGUUAUAGUGAUCAUGUAUUGAAAAUCACAGCAUUUUAUGUUGCACAUCUCACUAUAUGCAAGUUUUUUUUUUUUUUUUUUAGGACAAGGAAUCUGUGCACAGUCUUUUAAAAAAAGAGUAUUUCUUUCCCCCUUGACAAACUUUAGCUUUCUUAAUAGAUCACAGGCAUAUUAUUUUGGCAGAUUCUCUAAUUAGCAGUUUUAGAUUUGUCCUUUCCUAAAAAUGAAUAUAAUUUAGCACUAUGAUUUUCAAGAGAAAGUUCUGAUCAUUUUCAUUGGGGACCAAGGCAACACACCCACUCAGGCCAUCACGGGGUCUAAGCUGACAGAGUCCAGUGGCUACCCUGGGGCAAAACACAGAGUAGGCACUCAGCACACAUUUCUUGAAAGCACAAGUAUUUGCUGACUAGACGGGAAAGGGGAUUAGUUCACGGCAUUAUGCAUUAAACAUCUAGUGAUUUGUAAUUGAGUGCAACAUAAAAUUCAGGAAUUGUAGGCCUGGUUUCUCGUCUGCUCUUCCUGGAAAUUACUAUGGCACAUAUACUCCCAUGUAUUGUGACUCACCCACGUCACUGAUUCUGCCUGAGUUCAAAUUUAUUUUAGUUACCAUUUUUUAAAGGAUGGGGAGUUAUACCCUUCAAUAUUUUAUUAGAUUAUAACAAAAAUGAUUUUGUGAAUGGUGUCUCAAAUAACUGAAAUUCAAUACAAGUGCACAUUCUUUUAUGUGAAUCUUAAAAAUGAUUCAAUAAAACAUUUCAAAAAGAA